AUGGACCAAUUGACAGUUACUGAGAGGUACAAGCGAGCAGUUGCUGAGUAUGAGUCGCUACUGGCGCUGCUGCAAAGGCAAGAUUCGAUGCAAUUUCAAACCAAACUAGUCAAGUUGAUAUCGGAGUUCCAAUUACUUCUCCGGUUGGUUGAAUCCUUGUCUUUGUUUAGCGAAAACGAGCUCAUUGCUGAGUUGAGCACGUCCUAUAUCCAGUACUUUAACAUAUGGUACUAUCUUUGCAGCUUAUUCACGAAACUCCUCAUCAAGGAUGGCGAGAUUGCUGUCGCCAACAAGGUGGACCAUUUGGCUCAGGCGCGGACUUACUUGUUUGAUUUUUUGACCAACGUGGCCAACUACGAACAGCUCACCAAGGACCAAACGACACAGUUGGACAUGUUGAAGAGAGGCGAGGAGAUUGUGCAGUCUCCGCAACUCAAACGCCUGGAGAAGAUUGAAAAGUUUAAAAAGGAGCGCGAGUUGAAGGCGAAACUAGAUACUUUUGCCCUGUUGAAAGGGGGUGAUGAUGAUAAUGGUGAUGGUAGCCUGGGUUUCGACGAUUAUAAAGGAAUAGAUGAAGAAAUUGUACGGCAAAUGUAUUUAGAUCAACUUCAGUUGCAUAUUUUGAACGCGUUCGAUAUGGCCGAGCUGAUAGCGAUGGAAUUACAAGUUCUUGCCCAUAGACCCGUUUAUUCACAAAAUGAUGAACUAGCAAGAGCGAGAGCAAGGGCAGCUGAAGCUAAUGGCGAUGAGCGUAUGAAGCAAAAAAAAGGACAGGAUCCCACGGGGUUCACCACGAGAGUUGAAUCGGUACCCAAUCCAAAUGGCAAAAAGAACAUUUCCGAUUUGAUUAAUCGACAAGGGAAAAUAUUGCAACCUUUUACGAUCACCGGCGGCAACAAGAGAGAGGCAUUGAAGCUGAGGGUUUUUGGAACGGGCCAAGUGUUGCCUUCGAUGAGUGUUGACGAAUAUCUAGAGUAUGAAUUGGCCAAUGGGAAAAUGAUGAAAGAAGAGCCCAAGAUUAAAAAGAGUGCAUUGAGCGACGAUGAUGAAGAUGAAGAUGAUAGUGGGGACGAUGAAGCGCAGUUGGAAAAGAGGAAAUGGGACGAUUGGAAAGACGACAAUCCCAAGGGUUCAGGUAACACAAUGGGUAACAUCGGCUAG